GGGGCGGUAGUAGCGGCCCCGCCCGCGGUGCCUCGCCGCCCGGCCUCCCGGAAACACCGCCCGCGCUCCGCCGGUGCCGGCCAUGGAGGAGGAGGAGGCGGUGGCCUGGAUGGAUCAGGCUCUCGACGUGGCUAAAGAGGCGCUGGAGAAAGGGGAGGUUCCCGUCGGUUGCCUCCUGGUGUACAACGGCGAGGUCAUAGGGAGGGGCAGGAACGAGGUCAACGAGACGAAGAACGCUACUCGACAUGCAGAAAUGGUCGCAAUCGAUCAGGUCCUUGACUGGUGCAAGCAACACAACAGAGAUUAUACAGAAGUGUUUGCACACUCGAUAUUGUACGUAACUGUAGAGCCUUGUAUCAUGUGUGCAGCUGCCGUGCGCUUGAUGAAAAUUCCACGGGUCGUAUAUGGCUGUCGAAAUGAGCGAUUUGGAGGCUGUGGCUCAGUUUUGAGCAUCUCGUCUGAUGAUAUGGUAGACACAGGAGAACCAUUUGAAUGCAUUUCUGGCUAUCGUGCCAAAGAAGCAGUGGAACUGUUAAAAGCUUUCUACAGACAAGAAAAUCCCAAUGCACCAAAAUCAAAAGUACGGAAAAAGGACCAUCGUAGUUAGCCCUACACUGAUAGGAGACAGAAAUGUACCAAAAAAUGAUAUGUGAAGGUUUCUUCAGAGUCCUCCUUUUUUAAAAUGUGCAGUCCAAUUAAACUGUGUCUAAUGAUCUGCACAGAGUUUUUACUAAUAGGAUACUACCUGUUCCAGUGUUUCUAUGUAUGUGAUUUCUUGUUAUCGUACAUGACCAAGCAGAAGAAUAAGUGGCUGUUUUUAGAAAGAGGAAAAUUUAUGGUUCAAGUUUACUUGUUUACAGCCAGAUGGAUGCAUUAAAAUGACGCCUUUCUGUACAGCGCAUUCUAGAAUAUUUUCUUUCCUUCUGUCUGUAGAGCAGCAUCUCGCUUUUCAGUAGUAAACGUUUGCUUAGGCAAAUCCAGGUAAAUCACUUGGAACGUUACAUUUGUAAGACCUUCACACUCCUUGUGUGUAUAUUUAAUCAAAAGGCAUUUAAGGAAAUGUACAGUCCUUGAAGAUUUGCGAUAAGACCAUUGUAAGGUUCUUUUUUUUUUUUUUUUUUUUUUAAACACCUCCUCUAGCAUAAGCCAAAUUUUCAAAUGUAACUUCUGAAAGUCAGGUACCUGCCUAUACAUGUAUAUAUGCAGAAUCACGUGUCUGUGUAUGCUUAUGGCUAAUAAGCGUAAGCAAGUAUCACUUGGCUGCACAGCGUCUUCAUACAAAGUUGUGGAGAAACACUGCACAACUCUUUAGACUGUCCACUCUUGUGAAUAUUAGCAUAAGAAAUGCUUUGUUGUUAAGAAUCUGCUAAGAAGUUGAAGGUGUUCUGAAGUUACUAAAUUAUAGUAACUGAGGCAGACAGAUACAUGUGAAAACCAGAAAAUGAAAUUGGUAAUAGUAUGAAGAAAAUAUCUUUAAGAUGUUUAUUUUUUCGUAGUGUUGGUUGGCUCUGUCAUUUCCAUGCACUUUGCCCAUGCAGUAAUUUAUAAUCCAGAAGAGGGCCUUACAGUUCCACUAAUGAAUUAAGAAUACAAGUACAGUUCAAUCUUGAUUAUAUACCUCUUAGUGGAUACUUGUCUUCAGCAUGAAACUGUUCGUAAUUUUUUUGUCUGAUAUUCAGAAAUUUAGGAAAUGCCUUAACUUUUAUUUUUUUAAUGUAGAAGUGGUUAGAAUACUAUGACUAUAAAAACUGAAAUCAGUUAAGCCUUUUAGAUAUUUCAAAUAAAUACUUUCAAAAGUGUUUUUAAAAAGAGCAUUAAAAGCAUUACUUUGUCACCAUUGCUCUAAUAGCUUAGAAUUUUUAUUUUGUGUAUUUACUUAUUGUUUACAAAGUGACAUGGGAAAGAAGCGUUUUUACCACAAGAGCUAUUUUCACAGUUUAGAAAUGGUAUUCCUUUGCCUGACGCCUGUGACCUAGCCCGUUCUCCUGACUAUUGCAGCACUCUUUGAGCAAAAGAAGUUAUGACUGUGUGCAUAGAUUUCAUCAGCUUUGGAGUUGCGAGGGCUCAUGAACCAGGCAGCUGAGCUGGAGAAGCUAUUUAGGAAAAGACCAUUUUUAGUGACUGCAGUGGCUUUAUUGGAAAGAAACAGUCACACCUGGGGUUAUGGUAUUAGGUGAUACAAGAUAGCUAUUUAUCUACACAGAUACAUACAUUCUGUUCUCAACUGGACCAUAAUUUUCCUUCACCUUGAAAUCACUGAAGUCCAAAUUAAAGGAAAGACGUUAGACUUCUGGCUUGUCACUGACAUCCGUGACAGUAGUAGGAAUUGGAGCCUACAUGUUAUUUUGCACCAGGACCUAAAUCUCUCUGCACCUGUUCUUCUGCAGAGUGGCUAAGAAUGCUUUCCUUCCCACUGCCUUCUUUCAAAGAACGCUGUUAGCAUUUGGAUAGUGUGACAGUAGGAGCCAUGUAAAUAAGUAGAAAGAUUACUGGUAGUAGGACAAAACACAUUUUAAAAGCUGUGUCCAAUUCUGCAGUCCUUAAGUAGAACAGAAAUAUUUUGUAACAGUAGUUAGUGGUAACCUGUCACUUAGAGAACAGUUUAAGUCCUGCUCAAAGCCAAAGGAGAGUGAAGAGGGUGACAAAAAUAAAAAUUUCUCUGGAAUGAUCAAGGGUAAUAAUGUGCAUCUUAGAAAAGGGGCAUGAAAGAGGAAUAGCAUAGUGAGCUAAAAACUAUUGUAUUACAAAAAGGUUAUAAAAGAUGCUUCUGUUUACCAUUUAGUGUAAUGUGCGAGCAAACACCCCAGUCUACUAUUAAGAGGUGCAUUGGAUGAGUGAGUUUUUGGAUUGUUUUUUUUAAGUAUAAUAUUUAGUUUGGGGAACAAACUGCUAAAAGAUUACACUGAAAGCAAGAAGGUAGGCCAUUCUCCUUAAAAUCCUAUUAUUUCUAUGAGGAAGAACAAAUAGAUGAGUAUUUUUAUAAAAGAAAGAAAUGAAUUCGUGGUUGAAGACAAGGCGCUCAUCAGAGCCACGGCAUGACAUCUCGACACGCGCGGCCGUCCCCUCACCUCCUUCGCUCUCCCCCAGGGCAGUGGCAGCUCUGGCAGCCGGAGCCCACAGGGGCUGGUGCUCUUGGCCUCCGCUUGCCGCUGCCCUCGGAGGUGUGCCUGCGGCAGCUGUCCCUGUCUGAGGCGCUGCACCUCUUCCGGAUCACAAGCUUUGAGUUUGUCAGCACUGUUUAGAGUCAGAUUCACAAACUUGAGCACUCCAGGCUCAGGGUCAGAGAACGAUCUCCAAGGCUAAGCUCAACACGGGCUGGAAGAAGGCAGGAGGCAGCCACGACGGUUAUAACCCAGCGAGCUGACCAGUUUCAGUGCUUCAGAUCUGAAAAUGAACUUCUCAAGAAAGAAAAUUGGAGGCUACAGAAAGAAGAAUGCGAGAAGAAUAAUCGAACUGUUCUUGGAAUGCUUACUUGGUGAGGAGGAGGUGGUUGCUCGUGACAGUGGAAGCACAGGCUUGGUUUGUAACUGUUGCUACCACAUAAAAUCCUGCAGCAAGCCAUGCCAGAGGCACCCCGUGAACCAAGAGCUGAUGCGUUGCACAGCCUGGAAGAAGUGUUGCUGUCUGCUUGCUGGGGACCUUGGUCUCAAGAUUUGGCUCUACCCUAAAAGAGUAUCAAGAGCAAAACUUUUAAUUGUUACUCCCACCUGGAAGACUCAGAGCAGCAGCUUAUAAAUGAUGCUAUUCAUUUUCACAGUGCUUUUAUUUAUUUUUACCUCUUUGUGUCUAUGCUGCCACAUAGCAGGCCUCAAGAGCAGCAGUAAAUAUAUUCAACUGGUUUGUCUAAAGAAGUUUAAAUGCUUCACAUCACCCUUUUUCCCUUGCUGCUUGAUAAAUAAAUAUGUCGGCUUCAGCG